CAACCACAGAACACCUAGGGCAACCGGGUUUUGGGUGGUGACUCGUUUUCGGGUGGAUUAGCGAAUGCGGCUGGCCUCUUUUAAUUUUCGGCUAAGCAACAGCUAACAGCGGCGAAUCAAUGUGCCUACGACCCGUCGCUACUGCGACUGAUCGCAGUUGAAGUGGGGCGCGUGCGAUUGUUUUAGUGGGCGCGAGCUAGCUGCCCUCCAACCCGAUGGAGGUAGCAACAGUCUUCCUUCACUACUUGCUGCUGGCGGCAGUGUUUCAUCGGAUGACAGUGAACCCAUCCUAGCUACGGUAUGCGCAUCGGCGGGUCUAAUACUCUACGAAUCAACUCCUUCGUGCAAGUUCCUACCGAUUUCUUCAAACAUCGUUGUCGUUUAUCUAUUUUUUUUUUUGUCGUGGCCAGCGUUUCAUGAUUUUUGGCAGUGCCGGUGAAAGAAAAGACCGAAGUUCAAGGUUGCAAGGGCCCCGCUAGUGCUGAUGAGACUCUCGUUUCAUUUUUUACCGCUUAUGGCAAAGAUCACGUAAAGCCUCUAUGGCCAGGCAUCUCGUGCUUUAAUGCGUUUCGGGAGUGGUCGGCCGCGAAAGCUUACGUGAGACUCGCGCUACGGAAGGGAUAUUCGUUUAGGUGGUGGCGUCUUUGUCCUCCCCCUGGUGUUCUUUUCAGUGGGUGGCGCUGUUCGAAGCCCUUCUCACGUGUGCCGAACGCGAGCCCCGGUUCGAAACAGGCGCGUGGUGCACGCAGCUCUUGGCAGGUGCUUCAGCCGUCACUUGGAAUACGACCAUGGUGACCAGUGACGUGAUCGAGGUGUGCAUCGAGACGCUGCAGGGUACUGCCUUUGAGCUGCUUGUCUCGCCUGCAGACACCGUGGUCUCGAUCAAGUGCCGGAUAUCGAGGUUAGAAGGCAUUCCGGUGUCUCAGCAGCACCUGAUUUGGAAGAGCCAAGAGCUACCCGAUGACUGCUCUCUCCAGGAGUGCAACAUCACUGAUGGAGCCACCAUCAAGCUGGUGCUGGCUAUGCGAGGAGGGCCUGUCAAUAUCCGUAAAGCGUACCUGGAGGAGCGGUCAACUCUACAGGAUGUGGCCAAAUAUCUGGAUACCACAGGGGAGGAAGUGAGCCUGUGUGCCCCUCGCCUUCGAGCGGUGCGGCUUGUGGUGAUGCGCGAUGGAGAGAGGGUCCACCUGUACACGGUACUGGACACAACAGUCAAGACUCCUUCGGGGCUGCUCAGAUGCAGUGAGGAUCACACCGCCCCAGAGCUGAGUGAUGAAGACAGCGCAUCCGAAAGUCGCCGCCAUCUAGAAAACCAGAUCACCCGCCGAAAGGUGCAGCAGCUGCAGAAGAAGAUGCGCAACUUGCGGCUGCAAAAGGAGGAUCAGCGUACACCUGCACCAGAAAGGGCCAAGGCUAUUGCUCCUCCACCGAAGGCACUCUUGCCACCGAUUGAGGCACCAAAGCCUCAGGCUCCAGUAAAGCAGGACCGCAACGCCGCUACUGCUGGUAAUGCAAGAGCUCCAGCAGUUGUGCCACGGAACUUGCUUCGCUCAUCUAAUGUGCCAGUUUUCGGAAAGAAAAAAGCUGGUAGGGCUCUGGGCAGUGGCAUGGUUCUUCCCCGGCUACCAACUACGUCUGGCUGCAGCCGUACUGCUCCUCGUCACUGGCGCUAUCCAUCAUUGAUUCCAAGCGGCAGCCAUGCAUCUCAUAAUCUGCCACCGCCUGUUGCCAGAGCCAAUUCAACUGGAGCAGUGCCCAAACGCACUGAACGAAACACUGGAGCUCUGCAUGGUCGGGCCAGUGCUGGCUUUCAGGCACGCUGCCGCAAAUAUCUGUUGCUGGCGACUCUUGGACCAGCGGAUUCAUCAUCAUCCCCUUGUGCCUCACUGCCUGAAGAAGGGGGCGCCGCCUGCGCUGCAGAGCCUACACGCUAUGAGGUGCGGCCCCCUUUGGGCCUUCAGGAGCAGGCUUUCCUGCCCCGCUUGUCUCCCGACUGUGAAAGAGAGCUUGGUCAAGAUCUGGCUGCUGCUGUGGCUUCAAUUUUUGAGCCACUCGACCUUGACUGGAGUGACUUUCAGCCUCGGGCUUCACCACGUCUCGUGCGCGUGUCUGUGGUCCAACGCAGCAAGACAACCCGUCCCAUUGUGUCCCCACCAUACACUCCUGACAAAGGCCGUGCCUGCAAUGCCAAGGCUCCGACAGGUGCAGUACUCAAGGUAACUGGAGGAUCCGCCCCGCCUAGCUCUGUGCCUGUCAAGCCCGUGCCAUUGGCCUCUGGCCCGCCAAGUCCACGGCCAGCCUUCUCGAAGCCAUUGCGUCCAGUCUCGCCAGCCACACUUCUCGAGAUGCCUCCAGCUGCUUUGGACGCCUGCCGCAAGGACCUCGUCGAUGCACUCAAGCCUCCUCCUCCUCCAUCAGCUGGAAUUGCUGAAGGCAUUUGCCAGGCCCUGGGAAAUGCUGCACGCCAUGCUGCUAUGUUGACACCAUCGCAAAUGCGAGAGCUCCCGGUGCUGAAGUGUGUUGAUCCGCAUGAGCUGUGGAAUCUAGAACAGGAGCUGAUCACCGAUCAGUCGCACUUUGCACGUCUCGCCGCUGAUAACGAUGGGGACAACCGCAAGACUCCUCCACCGAAUAACACAGUGCCGACAUCUAAUGGCCCUCCAAGUGGGAACCCUGAGAGGUCUUCAGGAUCUUCAGCAGAUGCUUCUGACUCAACUGUCACUGCUUCCAGUGUGGGUACACUGCCUGCUGAAUCAAGUGCUUCAGCAGGCUCAAUGUCUGCAGACUCUGCUGGCAUGGCUGGGUCUGCCAGUGGUAGCAAUGUAGCACUGUCCGUGGAUGUGGGCGCUGCGUCCUCUGGUGAGCUGAGCACUGGGAAUGGAGCCGAGCUGAUGCCAGUUCCAGUGGACGAGGACUCGAACAGUACUUCAGAGUCAAAGACUGAUGAUAUGCCCAUGGAUCCACUGCACCCCUUAGGAAAGGCCAAGAAGAAGGGCAAGCGGUGCUCUUGGUGCAAGAGGAAAACUGGACUGGCAUCAACCUAUGUCUGCAGGUGCGGAAACACUUUCUGCACUGUUCACCGUUACGCAGAGGCGCAUGCUUGCUCUCACGACUACAAGGCAGAGGGGCGCCACAUUCUGCAGCGUAACAAUCCGGUGGUCAAGGCAGCCAAGUUGCCCAAGAUUUAGUUCCUCGUAACUGGCAGCAAGUAGACAUCUACAACAAUGCCCGCUCCGAAGAAACAGCGGGCCAAGUGCAAACCUUUUCUUCUCGAGCUUUUUUCUUGUAUCGGCACAAGCAUGCCACUGCUUUUGAUUUUUUUAUGUAGGCCCAUGGCUUCCUGGCUGGAAAAUCGAUUUACCAGCAGAGAAGCUGUUAGCACACAGCUCUCCCCCAGACAGCUGCACACUUGCAGAUUACUUAUCAUCAUAAGGCUUCUUUGCCUCAAAAGAAGUAUUGACUGGUGGACCGGAGAUGCAGCCAAACCUUUCGGAUUUAGUGGGCCAUUGUGACCAUGCAGCUUUUCUUUUUCUCGUUUUCUUUCUUCUUCUCAUUUUCAUUUUGUCUAGCUUUGAAGUCUCAACAAAGCAGUCCUUGCAGUGGCACAAGGCACUUUUUGGGGCACCAUGUUGGUGCAUUGUAAUGUACUCUUGUUCUUCUUCAGCGUUGUUCUUCUUUCCAAUCAAUUCGGACUGGGAUCUUCUGGUUGCCAAGGCAGGCUACUUCUCUUUCCAUCUGGCUUAUACCUCAAUUUUUUACUAGGACUAAUGUUUUUUUGAAAUUCUGUCUGAAUAAAUUCUAGUUCAUCUUUAAAA